AACCAACCAAUUAUUUCUUUCACAAACUCCCCAAUCUCACUCUCUGUGUCAGUUUCCCUCUUCAAACAUUCUCUCUCUCUCUCUCAAACACCCCCAAUCUCACACCCCCUGUGCCACUCUCUCUCUCUCUCUCUCUCUCUCUCUCCCCCUCCCUCUCUCCCACUCUCUCUCCCCUUCUCUCUCUCUAUCACUCUCUCCCCCUGUGCCAGCUUCUCUCUUCAAAGACUCUCUCUCUCUCAAUUUUCAAAUUUGUGAAGUUUGAAUUUUCAUGAGACCAAGAAUCUUGAAUCUUUAAUGGAACUAGUACCCUAUUCAGACCCUCCUAAAUCUGAUUCAACUGCCACUAAUCCAGCCUGGCAAGAUAUGUUUCGAUCUGCCUCUAUUAGAAAACCCACCGACGUUACUCCACCUCCUCCGCCUCAACCCCCCGCAUCUCCGCCGGAAGAGCCCAGUAUAAGCCCACCGGAUCAAAGCCCGCUUGGUUUCGGUAAUGACUCUCAGGUAAAAUUAGCACUCUAUAUAGCCAUGGCCCAUGCUGGUUUAGCCUUCAUUAUUCUCAUUCUUUAUGGUAUUUGUAAGUUACUUGAAGAGUAUUUAAGGCCUAUUCAAUGGGCUGUCUUGUGUUCUAUUCCUCUGAGAGGGAUACAGCAGACCCUUGUUUCGUUUUGGUCUGAACCCUUGAAAUUGGGCUUGACUGAGACUGUUUUGGCAGUGCCUGUGUCUGUUUUUAGGGUUUUUGUGGGUACCCUUGUGGAUAUUCGUGAUGCUUGUUUUCGGGUUGUGCUUAGAAAGAAGAAGGUUGAUGUUCAUAGGCGAAAAAGAAGUGGGUUUUCGAUUGUGCUUAGGUGGUUGGUUUCUUUCUGGCUGUUUGUGUUGGCUUAUGAGCAGUUAGGUGGGUUUGGGGCUUUUGUUCUUCUGUUGUUUGGGUUUAUGUUUACGGCUAGUAGUGUUGAAUCGACUAUGUCUACUGUUUCUUCAUUUAGGAGUCAUAGUUUUCGUAGGAGUUCGAUUAGUGCUUUUUUUACUAGAGGGAUUUUGAAGAGAUUGGAGACUAUUGUGGCGAUUGGACUGAUUGUGGCAAUGAUUGUUGGGUUUUUGACGGGGGUAAUUUUCUUUUCGUACAAAGUUGGGAUUGAGGGGAGAGAUGCUGUCUUUUCUUUGAAAUCACAUGUGGAAAAGAGUAAUUAUGCGGAGAAAAUUGGGGUGAAGAAAUGGAUGGAUGAUAAUGAUGUGCCUGGCAUGGUGGAUAAAUACACUAUGCAGUUCUAUGAAACUGUUUCUGAGCAGGUUGAUAGUUUGGCAAUGCAGUAUAAUUUGACGGAGUUUGUGACGGGGAUUAAGCAUUUUGUGAUAACUCAGACUGUGGAUUCUUCUUCCAAAUCCACUGCAUUGAUGAAGCCAUCCCCUUACACCGAGAAAUUACUGAGUUUAAAGAAGAGGUUUAAGGAUCGUGAGUGGGGUGAAAUCUACACAGAAGCUGAUGCAAUAUUUAGAGAAUUAAGAGUGUCGAGGGAGGAUUUGGUUAAGAAGGCAAAAGAAUUUGCUUUCCAGGGAUUGGAUGUGAUGCAAGGUGUGUUUUCCAGUGGUAAAUCGGUUAUUGGUGGCAGUGCUAAGAUUAUGUUUAUUAUUGGUGAUUCCAUCGUGUCUGGAGCAGCCGGAAUUUUCAAUUUUGUGUCUCAGACAAUUAUUUUUUUCUGGGUUUUGUAUUAUCUCAUCACAUCAAAGUCUGGUGGAGUCACAGAGCAAGUGAUAUGUAUGAUUCCUAUUUCACCAUCUGCUAGGUCAAGAUGUGUUGAAGUUCUUGAUAAAGCCAUAUCGAGUGCUCUCUUGGCGACAGCUGAAAUUGCUGUCUUUGAGGGAUGUCUCACAUGGCUCUUGUUUAGACUAUAUUCCAUUCAUUUCCUGUACAUGUCAACUGUACUGGCAUUUAUUAGCCCUUUAUUACCUAUUUUUCCAUAUUGGCUUUCAACUAUUCCGGCAGCCUUGCAAUUGGUACUGGAAGGAAGAUAUGUCCUAGCCCUCAGCUUGUCUAUCAUUCAUCUGAUUCUUAUUGAAUACGGGUGUCUCGAAAUUCAAGAAGACAUUCCUGGUUAUAGCGCUUAUCUCACUGGUCUAAGCAUUAUCGGUGGAAUGACACUCUUCCCUUCAGCUGUGGAGGGAGCAAUAAUGGGACCAUUGAUUACCACAGUUGUGCUUGCUCUCAAAGAUCUUUAUGCAGAGUUUGUUUUAGGUGAAAAGGGAAAUGGCAGAUAAAACCCAGUUUCAAAAUGAGUUCUUGUGAACAACUCAUGUACAUUAUUACCUAGGUUUUCUCAGAAAUUUUGAUCACAAGUGCUGGUCAUGAAAUCGGAACAGGCAUCACUCAACCAUGGCCUGCAUUCUAUCGAUUGUUUAUAUCUACUUAUCGGGACCUUCAUCGGACUUGCUGUUGCAGGAGCCUACCGAGCUGUUAGUAAUUUUUUGGAUUGUACAAGUGUAUCUGCAGGCUUAUUUAAAGAUCUUCUGUUGUGUUUCAUUGUUCAUAAUUCUCAAUUCCCAUCUCUAGCCAAUGUAGAAUGUUGUUUAGUGUUGCUUUUUUAUGAAUUACAGCUCCACUUGUUCA